UUUGAAUGGUAUAUAAAACAAGAUUAGAUACGAGUUGUUAAAAUAAUCAAUUAUAGUUUGUGAUUUUAAUUUUAUAAACUUUUUCCAAAUUUAAGUAUAUAUUUCCUUCUUGCAGCAUUUAUUUCAUGUUUCAUUCAUUUAGCUUAUACGCUGUAAUAACUUGAUUCUAAUAAUGUAACUAUGUAGAAUAUUGCAUCAUUCUUUUCUUUGACUACCUUCUGCUUUUGUAUAUUACUUCGAUUAGAUUUUAAAUUCAUUCAAUUUAUUAAUAUUUGUAAAUUCCGUUUUGAUGUCACCUACCAUCGGCAAUUCUGGUAUGGUCGUACGAACUUGCAGCGUUGCCGGUGGUGGCUAAAACGAGAAUGUUUACUUAGAAGUGGCAAUGACGUAUUCCAGGAGCGGAGUUAGUACUUCAAGAACAAAAUUGUUGGGCGCGAGGUUGCCUGUUUUGGCGAGCUGCGCGACGUGCCUUCACUGAGAACCCCAAUUGUCGUGACUCCCUCCUGCCUGCCGCUGCCCCUGGUGGACAAGUUCGUCGUCGCGUUCUCGUUGCUGCCGCCGUGGAUCGCAGGGGAGUGCGGGCAUUAAUGGACAGAAGUGAAAUAUAUUAUUAAGGCCUGGCCCCACGUUGGGCGCCAGUGUCCUGCCUUAAUUAUUUGAGUAGGUAGGUACUAAUAUUAAUAAUGAAAAGUAAGUAAAUAAUAAUUAUUAACAAGUAUAUUAAAAUAAAUCAACCGGCGGGCACAAAUUUAUAUAACGUGGGUACAGGCCUUAAUAAUAUAUUUCACUUCUGUCCAUUAAUGCCCGCACGCCCCGCCCAUUGCCACUUCAGCUUCGCAACUCGUUGAGCUAUGUCGGUGACUUUGGUUCUUCUGCGGAUCUCCUCAUUUCUGAUUCGAUCACGCAGAGAUACUCCUAACAUAUCUCGUUCCAUCGUCAUCAUACUGUAUCGAUAUAAUAUUACUUCUCUAGUUAUCUUUACACUCGUAAUUUGCAUCCAAAUGUCUUCUGAUAGGUAUAUGUACCUUCACGAAACAAUAUAUAUAUUAGACAACGCCCCGCGGUUUCAUCUGCGUAGUUCAUAUGUCCGUAUUCCGGGAUAAAACAUAGCGACACUCAUCAUCUCAUCAUUUACAAAAAACGUAGCUCUGUAGUAGAAUUUUCAAAAUUGGUUCAGUACCUAUCCAGAGAUUACUAUACAAUACCACAAACUUUACCUCUUUGUAAUAUUAGUAUAUAAGAGAGAAACUUUGUACUAUAGCUUUAAAGCAUUGCAAGUAUGUUGUCGAUAUUUUAGUGUCCUGUCCUGUUACGUACCUACUCGUAUCUUAUACUUACGAGUAAGUUCGGUACUUGUUCAAUGAGUAGUGCUCCUGACAGGUGCACUCAGGAUGUUACCGGCGCUGAAAAGCUUUAACUGUCUGCUCGUGGACGCGAAAGGCGCAAUCUACUUCACGAACAAAAAUGGAACAUUUCCAAUAACGCUGACAUCCUUCAAGUCCCAUGAAAGCGAGAGGGGCACUCCAAAGAUUUUAUCUACGACCGCUAAAAAUCUGUCAAGGGACGAUGAUGCGUACUGGGAAGAGAGAUCUGACGCGUUGCUCUCGAGUUUUCUCAACGAUACCUACGACGAUGCCGAACCCAACGAUGGGAAGUCGAAUCAGAAGAGAAGCAUUAACGACGCGGUAUCGAAAAACAUUACGUUGGUACUGGAAAAUCUAUUGAAGAAUUAUGAAAAUUCGCAACUCCCCACACACGGGAAAGGCUACCCUACUGUCGUGCAAACGAAUAUAUUAAUAAGAAGUAUGGGACCGGUGUCUGAAUUAGAUAUGGAUUACUCAAUGGACUGUUACUUCAGACAGUACUGGCGAGACACGCGCCUCUCCUUCCUCGGCCCGAUACGAUCGUUGUCGCUAUCAAUCAAAAUGCUGGAGAGAAUAUGGCGGCCAGAUACCUACUUCUACAAUGGGAAACACUCGUAUGUCCACACCAUCACUGUGCCCAACAAACUAUUGAGAAUUAGUCAACACGGCGACAUUCUCUACUCUAUGAGGCUGACUAUCAAAGCGAAGUGUCCCAUGGAGCUCCGGAAUUUCCCGAUGGAUCGCCAAUCUUGCCCGCUUAUCCUCGGCAGCUAUGCCUACUCGAAUCAACAGCUGGUGUACCAAUGGCAAAAUUCCCAAAGUGUGAACUUUGUGCCGGGCAUGACUCUGUCGCAGUUCGAUCUGAUCAGCUUCCCCUAUAGAAAUUUUACUUUCACGAGACGAGAAGGAGAUUUCUCGGUGCUGCAAGUAUCGUUCAAUCUACAGCGGCAUACGGGAUAUUUCCUCAUCCAAGUGUACGUGCCCUGUAUCCUCAUCGUUGUUCUCUCGUGGGUCUCUUUCUGGAUACAUCGCGAGGCCACUUCAGACCGGGUAGGUCUCGGUAUCACAACCGUGCUGACGCUGUCUACAAUCAGCCUGGACUCCCGCACGGACCUGCCCAAAGUGCGCUAUGCGACCGCGUUGGAUUGGUUCCUUCUAAUGAGCUUCUUCUAUUGCAUCGCUACGCUACUCGAGUUCGCCGGAGUGCAUUAUUUCACAAAGGUGGGAUCCGGUGAAAUAGUAAUAGACGACUCAGAGUGGGAGGACUUGAUCGAGGAGGUAGGCGGCGAUGCCUUCGCGGCUCGACAGCUGGCUGUGCGUAGACGAAGCUCUACCAGAUCUAGUGCUAACUUUAAUUUUCCAACGACAUCCGACGAGCAGGAGUCAACCGAACUGCCGGAGCCAGCCAUCCGGCUCACCAUGGAGCGCACCACGCAGACCGAAGUCAGGGUGCCGCGGUGGAGGCAGCUGCUGUACUGUCUCGCUGGAGAUGACCAGUACCGGAGACAGCGGCAGAGAGAGGCUGGUAACCGCGGCCACAUCAACAGCGUGUCCCAUAUAGACAGAGCGGCGCGGGUUCUGUUCCCCGCUUCGUUCGCGCUGCUCAACCUCUUCUACUGGCUGUUCUAUGUCUUCGCCAACGACACCUUCGCCUGGAGCGACAACCCUAUCAGCACUCUCUCACAUUGAAUCAUAAUAAGGUAUCAUUCGCACGAGAGUUAAAAAAGCCAGCGUUGGCGGGCGUAGCGUACCUAUAUCGCAGCCCUGGUGUCCCGUCCAUACGGCAAAUGGAGCAGUCGCUCCAGGCGCCAAAUAAGUAAAUAAAAUAAAGUAUGAAGAUGAAUGAAGCUCUAUUUCCAACGCUCAAAAUUGAAAAUGCAACACUAUUCGCUAAAAAGCGUCGUGUAUUCUAAAAACGCUGUCGUGUGAACAUUUAGGUACUUGGGAAUGCAGUUGUAUUUGAACGCUUUUUUAACAUCAGUUUAAAAAACACUCGUGCGAAUGUUUUUUAAUCAUUUUAUCAGUUCGUGUAUGUGGUACCUAGUAAAUAAAUAAGUUUGUCCUAACUGAAUGCUUGUUAAAGUACCUAACAAGGUAACUAUGUAAAAUCAUUGAUUGUACCCAGCCUAAAAUAAAGUUAAGAAUAAUAAAUGGAUAUUUUUUUUGUUU